AUAAAGAAAUUAAGAACAUGUAGAGAGAGAGAGAGAGGUUGUUAAUGGCUGUUCUUGCUUGGUCCUUCCUCUCCGUUUCUCUCCUUCUUCCUUGACCUUUCUCAACCAAAAUCAAAACCCAGAAGAAGAAGAAGAAAUUGGGAGAGACAAAGAAGAAAGAAAGAGGAAAAGUUUUCUUUUUCUAUCAAAUCCAAAAAGGGCAAAGGCUAAUCUGUAUAGAUCAGAGAGAGAGAGAGAGAGAGAGAGAGAGAGAGAAGUGAGCAGUUCUUGUCCAAAUGGGGAACUGUUGCUGCUAUGGUUCCUCCACAGUUCAACAUCAGAGCCCUGAAACCACCAAACCUCUCCCAGCUGCGAUCCGCAGGCAGAGCCCCGAGAACGUGAAAUCUCCGCCGCCUCCGGUGACAAUAAAGACUCCGACCAGAGAAAAACCUAAGAUUCCGGCGACUAGACCCGUCAACCAUCCAUCUCCGCCGCGGACACCCGUGACAAUAAAGACUCCGACCAGAGAAAAACCUAAGAUUCCGGCGACUAGACCCGUCAACCAUCCCUCGCCGCAGCCACCGCCUCCGCAGAAGUCGCCGGAAAAAGGGCAGGCGAAGAGAACAAUCGAUCAUCCAGCGUCGCCGGGAACAGUUCCGGCGAGUGGGAAGAUAGUGACGCCGGACCUGAAGAUGUUCACGUUGGCGGAGCUGAGGACGGCGACGAGGAAUUUCCGACCGGACUCGAUGAUCGGAGAAGGAGGGUUUGGUCGUGUCUUCAAAGGAUGGGUCGACGACAAGACUCUUUCUCCGUCGAAGGUUGGCGUCGGAAUUCCCGUCGCCGUUAAGAAGUCAAACCCUGACAGCAGCCAAGGGUUGCAUGAAUGGCAGUGUGAAGUGAGAUUCUUGGGGAAGUUCCAUCAUCCAAACUUGGUGAAGCUUUUGGGUUAUUGUUGGGAAGAUAACCAGUUCCUCUUGGUCUAUGAGUACAUGCCCAAAGGCAGCCUCGAAAACCACCUCUUCGCCAAGGGAGCAGAGCCAUUGACAUGGAGCACAAGGCUGAAGAUAGCCAUUGGAGCAGCUGAAGGGCUUGCCUUCUUACACAACUCAGAGAAGAGUGUUAUCUAUAGAGACUUCAAAGCCUCUAACAUUCUCCUUGACUCGAACUUCCACGCCAAGCUUUCCGACUUUGGGCUGGCGAAACUGGGCCCAAUUAAUGGCCACUCGCACGUCACCACACGUGUCAUGGGCACAUACGGAUACGCAGCUCCCGAGUACAUGGCCACAGGUCAUCUAUAUGUAAGAAGCGAUGUAUAUGGAUUUGGGGUGGUAUUACUAGAGCUCUUAACCGGACUGAGAGCCCUAGACCCGACUCGGCCUUCGGCUCAGCACAACCUGGUCGAGUGGGCUAAACCGUGUCUAACCGACAAGAAAAAACUCAAGAAAAUAAUGGACCCACGGCUCGACCGCAAGUACCCUGUCUCGGCCGUGGUCCAGACCGCGGCUCUCAUCCUCCGGUGCAUAGAGGCCGAUCCCAAGAACCGCCCCUCCAUGGACGAGGUACUCAAAGAGCUGCGUGCGAUUAGGGUUAUUAGGGAUGAGCCAAAGGGUAGUCAUACACGUGGCAGCGACAAGAACCGGCGCACCGGUUCUCCGUACGGUCUGACGGGCGGUCGGACCGGAUAGUGGAGUCGCUUGGACCAUAUGCAUGAUGCAUAUACAUAUACAUAUACAUAAAUUGAUAUAAUAAUGCAAUUUAUUUUGUUUUUUAGUAUUUUGUUGUUGUGACAAAAAAAAAAUCUCUUUGCUUUUUUUCCGUACAUUUUAUAGUUCACGUAGGGUGCGGAAACAAAGAAAUAAGAGAUCAUGUAUUUUUAUUAUAUUUUUGCAACGAGAGAAUCUGUAUUUUUUAGAUAUAAUUAAUUUCUAGAUCCAUUUAUA